AACGUCACGCGCAAAGAUGGCCUUUUCAUUCAAACCCUUGCUUUCAAUCCUCAUGAUGAGUAAAAAUGCUGCCUUCUAAGUCUACAGAAACUAAGUUAUCGGCCGAAGAAAGAAUGAAAAUAAUGAGACGAAGAGAGCGAAACAAAGUAGCGGCGUCAAGAUGUCGAGAGAAAAAGAAACAAAGACUAGAUGAACUGCAAAGGGAAGCUGAUGGAUUGGAAGAUUCAAAUAAUGAAUUAGCUAGAGAAAUCGCCAACUUAAGGGCUGAAGUAGACAUCCUGGCCACAAAUCUAAGGAAUCAUAAAUGUGUUUUAACAUCAGGAAAGACAUCGACAUUGGAUACUCCCAGCAAAGCGUUCAAAAGCUCGUGACAUUUUGCUGGGAUAUUUUGAGAGAGAAAGAGAGCAUACUAUUAAUAUAAGCAGAUCCGGAAGCCAGUGCUUGGCUUUCUACCAUGUGUCAAGGGCUAAUGGGAACUUUGAGAAAUUGUUCUGCAAAAGAGCUGACAAGAAACUCACGCAUAUAUCUGACAAAGUUACUAUAAAGAAAGAGGAAGGACUGGAAAAAAAAGCUAUAGAACUUGUUGAAUUUUAYUCCAACAUGGCAAAAAUUAUUUAAUCGAAUACAAGAACAACGAAAAAAUACGUAUUUAUGCAUGUUAAUAUAAUGAUAUUUGUUCAUUUUUUAGUCCCAAAGACAUCUUAUUUGAUAGUCUUAUAAUUUUUUAAAUAAACAGCUACAUAACACACA